AUGAUCACCAAAGACCUUGAAAAAUUUUGUUUGUAUUAUGCCUUUCCUUCAGUGAAACGAUGGAUGACUUAA